AUGUCUCGGCCAAAAAUAUUGGUAACGGAUAGUACAGUGAAUGUUGACAAGUUGAAGGAAAUGUAAGGUAUAUUUUUGCUAUUUUUUAUCUGCUUUUAGGCUAUUUACAUGAAUAUAAUAUAGAUUUUAGUGGAGAGGUUGAACAAUACAAUGGAGAAGGUCAGAUGCCUCGGCAAAAGCUUUUAGAAGCUGCCAAAGACGUUGAUGGACUUUUUUGUUUAUUGCGAGAUAAGAUUGACAAAGAAUUUUUGGAAAAAUGUAAGUUUCGACUAAUUCUUGUGGUAUUUACAACAAUAUCUUUAGGUAACAAACUUAAAGUUAUUGGGACAAUGUCUGUUGGAUAUGAACAUCUGGACAUUGAGGAAUGUAAGAAAAGGUAAUUGAAGUUUUAUUUGUUUGAUUUUAAUUUUUAGGUUGAUUAAAGUCGGGUAUACGCCUGGAGUUUUGACUGAAGCGACUGCUGAGCUCGGUAUUUCAUUGUUACUGGCUGUUAGUCGCCGGAUUGUUGAAGCUGUUGAUUCUGCUAAAAGGUGAGACUGUUUUGAUGAUUUAAGGUUUCGCUUUUAUAUUGUUUUUGGUCUGUUAUUACUAUGUUUAUAUAAAAUAUGGGUUAGAUAAUGGUUAAUGUACUUUUUGGUUAGUUUUUGAUGUGUCUUGUUGUAAAUUCUUAUCUUGUUUGUAUAUAAAAUGUAAUAAAGGAUUAGCUAAAUAUUUACAGUGGUGGCUGGACAACUUGGACACCUUAUUAUAUGUGUGGCAAAGCAAUAGCUAAUCAAACUAUUGGAUUUUAUGGUUUGGGAGAGAUUGGGAAGAACAUGGCGGAGAAGUUGGAGCCGUUUAAGCCCGACAGGAUUAUAUAUCACAAUAGAAAGGAGAGAAAAGAUGGUAAGGUUUUCGAUUGAUAUAUUGUUUCAGGAAAGGGUUAUGUUAUUUGAAUUUUUAAACCUUGAAAAGGAUGGACUUCAGUAAAUUUUGUUUUUCAAAGGUUUUGCGGUUUAAAUUAGUGCUGUUUUAGUACCAUCCUACACGUAUGUUGACUUUGACACUUUGCUAAAAGAAAGUGACUUCCUAAUAUGCACAGUAGCCGCUACAGCUGAAAACAAAGGUAUCUUCAACACAGAAGCCUUUAAGAAAAUGAAAAACGAUGCUAUUUUCAUCAACGUUAGUCGAGGUAUCUUGGUGAAGAUGGAUGAUUUGAAUUCAGCCUUAGAAACUGGGGAAAUCUGCGCUGCUGGCUUAGACGUGACCGAUCCGGAACCAUUACCGUUGGACCAUCCUUUGUUCCAAAGAAAAAACUGUACCAUUUUGCCUCAUAUUGGAUCGGCUACAGUGGCUACACGAAACCUGAUGGCUUCAACGACCGUCGAUAAUAUUUACAACGCUUUUAGUGGUCAAAAAAUGGUUGCUAGCGUUGUGGAAUAG